AGAAAAGGCCCUAUUUUGUCUUUAAGCAUAACUUUACAUUUACAGAAACGAUUUUAGUCAUCAUUAUUUACUUCAGCAACCAAGCAGUAUUUUAUUUGGUGGUUAAUGGCUGCUUACUAAACAUAAAAAUAAUUUACCCAUGUCCCUACCAGUGGGGCGUAUGUUCCCGUCAACACUGGAUGGCAUCUCGACUAUCACUAUCAAGGCGGACUCGAUCGAAGUGUGUUGUUGUAACUGGUUUUUCUGUCGCAAGAUGUGAUUCAAAUACACAUUUCGUAAGUCCAACACCGUCAAAUCUUCACUUUCGUUUGAACAGUUUAAGUGAGUUAAAGGGAAGUAUUGAAAAUUUCGUUGUACUAUUGGCGUUUGCGGAUAUAUCUACCAGUUUCUUCCGUAUUUAUUUAGACGGCACUGUAGUGUCGGCGGCGUUGCAUUCAUUUUGUCGUGCUUUGUGAGUUGAAAAACCGAUACGAGGGGCGAGAAUUGGACUGUUAGGAGUCCUCAGUGUAUGGAUAUGGUUGUCAAGAUUAUGCAGGCGGGAGUUCCUACCCAUUUUGAUCUUGAAAAGUACUCUACACCACUGCUUAGGCAUUGGCGUGAGAAAGCCAAGAAGAGAACUGCAAACGAAGCGUUUCUAAAAGCCGCGGACGCUUUUGACGAUCUCGAGUUAGCUCCGAGGACAAAACGUGUGGCGAGGCGACCACCGCCUGCGUUAACGAUAUAUGUACGGCGAGAGAAGGAAAAAGCAUACAAUGCAAUAAUGCUGGAAGAGGUAACAGUUGAAAGUUUGAAACUUGCCGUGUCGGAGAAGUACAAUACACCGACAGAUUCAAUCACGAGUUUUGCGCUUCGUGGCAAAGAAGGGUAAGUCAAGUAAACUAUAUUUUGUGCCUCUAGAGGUCAAAGAAAACUUUAUGUUGGGUUGAAAUGUGGAAAGCAGGAAGUCUUUCAAAAAGGAGCUGAUUGAUGAACUGUUGUUCUUUCUCACUGCACUUUCGUACCGCAUAAGCAUGAGUAAUGUUUGUUGUCAAUGGUCACUUGUUCCGCUUGCUUCAGAAUCUUCAUUAAUAUAGCUAGUCCAAUUUUGUAAUCGUUUAGGAGUUCAGCUUUGUCUGGACCAAAAGCAAAAUCGUUUGAAUUACAGCUGCAGCUUGACAUUUCCUUAAUAUGAUAGUACACUUGCAUCACGCGCGAUAUUAUAACUUUUCUGAUUAUUUUAUUUUCCUUGGUUUCGUUUCGGAAAUAGUUUUUGAUUAUGUUCUUUUUUGAACACAAAAGUAGGAGGUUUCUGUAGGCUAUACGUGCAUUUUGCCAUGUUUAGGAAGUGAUAUUUUAUUUGGAGGAACUUGGUCACGUUGUGGUUUGUACGAUCUGCCACGUGCUCUCUUGAUUUACCAGUUCGUAACUGGUUUGAGCUAUACAACCAUAAUCAUUUCCCACUAGACUUACUUUUUAAUUGGCUUUUAUGUUUUUUAGAUUUUUGCAGUGUUGUUUGUCGUUAUUUUCAUUCGUAGAACUUAUGAUUUUUGUUAUUCUUGCAAGUCCCGUACGUAUUAAAAUAUUAUAUUCUCUUCUGAACUCUUUAAUAGCUUUUGUUGUGAAGCCAAAGUUCAUAUGCUAAUCACGUAGCCAUUCCCCAAUAUUCUCUACAUAAUUCUAAUAAUAAUUCUAUACAUUUAGUAUUGUAGCUUUUAAGAACUUUUGAACUGCAGAUGUGGAUCUCCAUGGUAAUUUAGUCAUGUACAUGCAGAAUUGAACAUAAAGCAUGAUUUAUCAUGUGACACCAUCAAAUAGAAAUAAUCUAGAUUUCCUCUGUCUGAAUUUUAGAAAUUUCAACACAUUAUUUUUCAUUCUUGACUUGACCUAGGUAUGGGGUAUCCUUAAAAUUCGGUCAAUUUCUUGUAACAUAACCAUCACAUCUUACCAACUUAAAAGAAUCUUUCUUUAUUAUUAACUAUAAAGAAUCAAGGGCAAAAAAAUCUUCCUAGUCACAUAAGAAUUAUACGUAAUAUCCAAAGAUAAGGCAAAGAUUCCCCUCAUCUGCUUAAGAAACUCGACUUUGAGCUGACAGUAAACCACACAUAAAACAGUUCCAUGAUUUCAUGCAUGAUUAUUAAUCUCGUACUGACCACGACUAAUCCUAAAGCAAAAGGAAACUAGAACCAGUUCCAAUCAAGUUGUGUGGGCUUAAAACUGUGCCAGUUAUCAUUAAUUUUUUUUGUUUAAUAAAUUCAAUAUUUCACAGUUAGUGCUAUAGGAUAUUUAAAUAUUAAUUCGUCUUUUGUGUUUACAGAAUUAAAAUUCUAUGAACUUUGCCCCUGCCACAGGCUCAUAUUGUUUUGAAGAACAAUAAUGCAGUUUUUCAAAGGCAAUAAUGAUCUGCACUUAAAGAAAAAUGACCACAAUGUCAUGAAUGUACAAAAGCAGCUUGUGAGCAAGUUGGAUGCUGUGAUAUAUUCAAAUGCACCAUUAACCAUGAAAGUAAAGCUUUUAGUGUUAACAGAUCAAACACAGAUAGUACGUACUCUGCAUGAUUUGUUGACUUGCACACGGGUCAGUGAAACAUUUCCACCAACUAAGACUUAUGCAAAAAUAUUACAAACCAUGACAUUUAAUUGAUACUAAAUUUGUUGUUCUUUAGGUCUUUGGCGAAAAGGUUGGGUUUUUAGGGAAUUAAAAAAAAAUAUAUUUCUACAAGAACUUUUAGGCAAUUUUUUGUUCUUUUUUCUUCACAAACACAAGACCAAUAAAAGAAUCAAGCUAGACUGACAAACUACAGUUAUUUCUUAUGUAAGCUUUUGAUUGCAAUGUUGCACAAAGGUUUUUAGAAGUGCUGUCUGUUCAAUACUAUCCACAGUUGUUUGCCCCCUAUUGAGUAUUCCAAGUGCUCAACAAAUUUAUUUUAUUGUAUAUCUCGUAUGUUUAUUAACCGGUUUGUGGGUUAACGUAUUAGAGACUCAGUUGGGUAGACCUGUUGUAAGGACCACAAGAUUCAACCUGGUUGUAAAUUUGGUCGAGCCAUUUCCUUGCUAAUGAAAACAGGUCACUAAAUUGAAUUUUGUUCACUUGUCUCCGCACAGCUUACUUUUGAGUUUCACUUUCGUUGUCAAACAAGAUACCAUUGACAAUACUAAUCCUUGUUAUGUAGUUUAGAGUAAGGAAAUGCAAAAAUAGUUCUGUCUGGUUUGCUUCUACUGAUACUUCCUGCUCUUUACAUUGUACCAUUAUUACUUUUUAUUUCUUUCUUUCUUGAAGAGCAUCAAUGUGCUAUGUCAUUGUUGUGUUGUUGACUGCUGUGUUGGAAUACUUGAAGCGUGUGUUGUGUUUAACCUUAAUUUUUAAGUGUGAUGGUAGCCUUAUUCAUGAUAUAGGCUCAUAAAACUGUUGCUCUCUUUGAUUGGAAAUCUUUGUAGUAUUUUGUGCAGGAUUUUUCCAAAGUGCUGCAAAUUGGGAGAAACGAGUCCCUACUGUAAAAUUUAGGCAUUUAAUGCUUGAGCCACUUUGUCUUGGCAGCAAAAGUUAACAUUGUGAUAUAGGAAACCAGAAUGAUUCUGGUUUUCUAUCUCACAAUAUUAUCGUCGUUGAGUUGGGGAGGUGACUCGAUAAUUUCCAAUUAUUUCUCUCGAUUGGUAACUUUGUUUCUAUGUCAUGAGUAAGAGCAGUAUGAGUGUGAGCUGGGGAGUUGCAAACGUUCUCUGUUGUCUUUUAUACUAAUACAGACUGUAUGGAGUGGCUGCAGAGAUAGAAAGAUCACAGAAGCCCACAUUUUUCCAUCAAAACUCCAUGGUGUUAAUUAUUACGUUAUUAUACAUAUUUGAGGGCUGCUCUUUUUUUCUGCGCAUUCCAAGACCUUUUUUGCAAGUUUUAAGUCAGGUUUUUUGACAACUUUAGACCAGGAAAUCUGAGAAAAAUAUCAUUACUCAGACCUCAAAUUCAGAUUGGAUUUUUGAUAUACUGAAUGUGGUCUUUUGUUGUAUUUCUUGCUAAGAGCGUGCUAUGGGUAAUUCAAUAGUAUGUAACUAUUUUUAAGAGUAGAGGUAAUUUAUUUUUAGGCCAUUGUAACAAUAAUGGGUAUAAUGGCAAGAUCAUAUGACCCUGUGACAGCAUACAGUACUUUUGUCACUGAGGAAAAUAGAUGUGAAAACUGUAGACAUGUUUAAGGGUCCUGUGAAAUUUGGAUGAUAAAUUACCUUUACGAUGAAUAUUUACACGUCUUUGUUUUUAUUUUUUCUUAGUUUAUAAUGUUGAUGUUGUUUUGAUUUGUAGCUAAUAUUCAGUGUUCGUGAUUAUCGCUGCCCAGAUUGGUAUAGUACCCAUGUUGUUAGAUUUGGUUUGUGCAUUUAGAAAUGUUUUGUUAUAUAAUAUCUUUUUGGUUAUUUUGUCUUAAAAACCAAUUCAAAACAAUUCUUGUGAGACUGGACUGUUUGGUUAAGCUGUUUACUUGUUUCUGAGAAACAUGUGGAGUUCUGUGAUUUUUCAAACUUUCUCUUGCAGCAAAAUUGAAAGAAACUCUUGUUUUAUUUGUUUUGAUAAAGCGUGAAAAUUUGUCUCACUGCUGGCAUGCCUUCAUUAAAAAUAAGUUAAUAAAAGAAGGCUGAUACGUAGGCGUGAAUGUUUCCUUCUAAAGAAAAGAUCCUGAUAGGCAAAGGGAAGCUUGUUUAGUGACACGGAAAAAAAAAAUUGAAAUUCUUUGAGGUACUUAUUGAAAAUGACUCACAUAAGUAGGUGUUGUACGUUGGUUUAUUGUUUGAAUUUUGCAGCAGCUGAUGUGGGACCAUUGGUAGGGCCUCACAGAUGUCAAGAUGGACUUUAGCACACCUACGCAGUUGCAGGGUAGCAUAACAAUUUUAGAAUUACAAAAUAAACCAACAUCUUGUUCCAACUGGAGAUAAUGAAAUCAUUUUUUUUGUUGAAAUAUGCAUUUAUUUGUUAUUUUGUCAUUAAGCAUGCUUGGGCAGGGUUAAUUUGAGUAAAUGCAACCAUGCCAGAACCGCAUUCAUUGAGUUUCUUGUUAGAUCGCAUGUUUUGUAAUUAAAAUAUAAAUAAAUUUUUAUUUUGUUGGAGUGAGGUACAAACCUUAAGCCUUGCUCUGUCGGCUUGGUUGUCUAUUGCUCAAACAAAUGCAGUGUUUUCCCCUUGCUUUUACCUUUGUGUUACUGUGUAGCUGUUGUUUUUCUUAAAUGUGUAUCAGAUGUUGUUGCAAUAACUGUGAAAUGUCAGUUUCUUGUAUUAUUUCAACAUUUUUGGACUUGAAAGAUGCCCAAAAAAAUAAAUCAAUAAAUCAAUAACAAUAAAAGAAAAAACGCGUCAAAGAAGAUGUGCUAAUGGCUUUGCCUCUGUUUCAUUUGUUAUUGCAAGGACAUGUUGUGGAGUUGUGUGAAAUGGUAGUGUUUGUGUGUGGUGCAUUGUUACUGUGGGGGCAUUCUGACAGUUUCAUUGCAUCUUCCCAAGUCCACAGUGGAACCUCGAUAUAACAAAAGGACCAAGGGACCUACAAAAUGUGCUUGAUAAAGUGAGGUUUUGUUAUGUCGAGGUUCUCUUUCUUACAUUUUGCUCUUACUGGGGUGAAGAAUUUUGCUGUAUCAACAACUUUGUUAUUAGCUAGAGUUUCACUAUACCGAGGUUCCACUGUCUGUAUGUUAUACAUGUACAGGGGUCUUGUGGCAAACAUAAAAUAAUAUUUUGGUUUGAUUAAUGAUAAUUUAUUAUUAACGAAAACGUUCUGCUUCAUACUUUUCCGGCUAGUGUGCUCUUUUGUUACUUGCCCCUGCACUUGUAUACAGCAAAAUUUUGUGGUGUGUAUACGUGGUUGUUUUCAUAAUGAAAUCAGAUAAAAUAAAUUUACUUCUAGGCUUUCAUUCUACAAGUUAAUGUGACGUUAUUCUGAUAUCAGCAUAUACAUAUUUGUUUGAACUUUUUGAAAUCUUUUGAAGAUAAAGUAGAUUUUGGAUACUAAGUAUCAGCACUAUCUUCAGUCCAUGUAGAGGUUUUGAGUGCAGGUGGAACUGAAUGAACACAAUUGUUUGAUUUUAAAGCUUUUGUUAAAUACUCCAGAACUCUGAGAUGAGCAAACACAGAAUUGAAAGUUAAUUCUGCAGAUAUGAAUUUUUGAACACCAUUGUGAUGCAACCAUAUAUUCACUUCUUCUGAAUUUGUAACUGAAUAAGUUCAUUAGGUCAUUAAUGUAUUCCUGACUUGUUUUGACAGUGGAAACCUACUUUUUUGGAUCACCAUCUUAAGUGCUGUUCUCUUUGUUUAUUGUCUUGCAGGACAUCUUCAGAAAUUGAUGACCAAGCUGUAAAGGGCUUUGAUGAUGAGGAUACCUUCCUGAUAUUUUUGAACUAUGAUGCUGAGAAAGGAAUUUGUAGCGUAGUAUUAGAAACAAGCUGACAAAGGGGAUUCUGGGUUCUUUUGCCCAGUGAUGAAGUGGCCAACUAGAAACAAAGUAGUCUGCAAGUUGUAUAUGUAUCCUGCUCUACUAGUGUGGAGAUUGAAGCUGGAGUUCCUUGCCAGAAGAGGUGUUGCUCAGAGAUGUUGCUGAAAAGUAGUUUUGUGCAGCUCAUAUGGCUUAUAUUUGAACAGUUUGUGUUUAGAGUAAAACUCUGUCUAAAGGACCAUGGUCAAUUUCUGACACAGUGUGCAAGCAUGUCCUGUGUCCAUUUUACUGACCCCUUCUAAAGGGAGUAUAAAUUUAAUGUUUGCUAUGUAUGAGACAUUUGAUACUUUCGAAGAUUUGUAAUUUUUUAUUUGUAACAAGAAGAAUGGAGACUUUGUCUUCAGCAGAUUGUAUAUUUGAGAAAAGAUUUGUCAUGGUGGAAACUUAUUUGCCCUAUAAUUUAAAAUAUUUCUUGGACAUUUUUAACAACAGAAAAACUGUGGUUAAUUUACUGGAAAAUUAUCAAAAAUGCAAGUUGCCUCAGUGGCAGCACUGUAUCAUUCUUAGAAAAGCAUGUUGCCUGAGAUUGUUAUAUUAUAUUUUACAUUUUUUUCAGAUGGUCAUGUUAGUUGAUAUUUAACCUGGUUAAUGAUAGAGUUUAUAUUAUCGUUUCUGUUAAUGCAAGAGUUUAAGAGCCAUUGUUAUUGUUCUGUAGGCUAAAGAGUGAGUGAAAUGUUCUUACGAGACCACGCUCACUAGCAUUUAUUUUUAGCUUGAUUGACGGAAAUUUUCCACUUGAUGCAAGGUGUAAAGAAAGUCAGUUUUACAGCCUGCCGUUCAGGCAAGCUGUAGUUAGUUAGCAUUUACUAGCCCAAAAGUCAAGUUUUGAUGUUAACUAGCUCGAUGAUGAGCAGGUUUGAUAACAGUUCUUUUGUGAUUAGAAUUGCUUAAAGAUUUCACUUGCCAGGCAGGCAAGUUAAGAACAGAAUUCAUUAACCAGAUAGUUAAAUCCAUUAGCCAUGGGCUAUCGGACACGACUUUCUUUGCACGCUCUGAUGUUAUCUUUUGUUUUGUCUUGACAAGGUUUGCUAUUUCAUCGAGCAUCUUUCCUAUGCUUGGGCUGGUUUUUUUCAUUUAUCUUUUGGACUAUGCUCCAUGCCCAGACAAUAAUUUAUUAUUGAAAACUUAAUUCAGGAAUAGCUAGGUUUGCUUAAGUGCAUUGUUGACACUAUAACAAAGUUGCAUUUUGAUUAUUGAGUUGAAGAAGGUAAAUGUGAGGAAUUAUGUGCCACAUGGAAAUACUGCUGUCUUAAAUACCAAAAGAUUUGUAACAUGGUUUACAAAGUGUCUCUUGUGCUAAAGUUAUUUUGACCUAUCCAAAAGUGUUGGAAUCAUAUUUUGAAAAUGUAAGGUCACUUCAUACUACAUAUAUGAAGUACGUAAUGUCUACCCCUGGGAAAAUGAACAAAAGACUCUCAAUAUUAUUUUGUAUCCAUUCACCAGAAUUGUAACAAUUGUUAGAAUUUUAUUUGGCAGACCUAGCGUUUCAAAUAUGUUAGUGUGUUCAAUUAUCAAUUGACAAUUAUCUUGAGGAUUUUGCACAAUCAGUUCAAACCUGUUAAGCACUGUCCACCAUUGCAUAUGUCUGGAAAGAAUUUUCUUUGUAAAUGGUGCACAGCAUUCAUCACAAUGUGGCAGUUAUAAUUUGUCAUCUUGGCUCUUGUGGGUUGAAUCAAGUUGCGUAUCGACAACAAACAUUUUUCAACCUUGUCUGAGGGUUCGCAGCAAACAUGCCAGAUAGUUUUUAUGUUGUAGUGGCUGUAAUGAACAUUAAUUUAGUUAGAGUAAUCUCAAGAUGCUCAAGAUUGAAAUGUUGUAACUGAAACCUUGUACUUUUGAUGAUUAAGAAACAACAUGAAAUAAACUUAAAACUAUUCUCUGU